UGUAUUGAGCCCCCAGUCAAUACCAGAAAGUAUAGAACUUGAGGGACAGGAGGAGCACAAUUUAGACUCCAGUCACGAUCUAAGUCAUAGUUUUCAAGAGUUGUCCACCGAGGAAAAGUUGACUGGUGAGACAAGUGGAGAGGAUAAGGAGAUUGAGGUGAAACCUGUAGAAGGACACCCUGCCAGGAAGAGAUGUGAAAGUAACUCUGAGCCCUGCCCGCACACCUGUCCAAUGACAGAAAAAUCCACAAAGAAGAAGAAUGCUCAUUUUCUGGAUGUGCCAGACUUCAGGAGUGAUGAUGAUGAUGGGUUUGGCAAACACUCCACCAUGAUGUACACUCCUAGACCUAAACCAGCACUGAGAAGGGGUUCUUUCAUGACUCCAGGGCAGCCAGGUUUUCCACCUUUUCGCACUCCUAAAAGUGUUAGACGUGGCCCAGCACAAGAGAAGCAGAGAAUUCUGGGAACUCCUGAUUAUCUUGCUCCUGAACUAUUGCUGCAGAAAAAGCAUGGUGUGGCUGUGGACUGGUGGGCUUUAGGUGUGUGUUUGUUUGAGUUCCUUACAGGUGUGCCUCCCUUCAAUGACCAAACUCCUGACCUGGUGUUUGAAAAUAUCCUUAACAGAGACAUCCCAUGGCCUGAGGAGGAAGAAGCUCUCUCAGAGAAUGCACAUGCUGCCAUUGAUGCAUUACUGAAUACAGAUCCUGAUAAAAGACCAAAAGCAAAUGAAGUGAAAGAGCACCCCUUGUUUGCUGGGAUAGACUGGGAAAACUUGUUGCAGCAAGAACCUCCAUUUGUACCAGCCCCAGAUGAUGAACAGGACACUACAUACUUUGAAGCUCGUAACAACCUGCAGCAUCUCCAAGUUUCUGGCAUUGACCUGUAGAUGGCUCUCUGCCAAGUGGUGACAUUUUCUAUUGGUAGCACAACAUAUUUUUGUAUAUUGUUGUACAAGAGAAGAUUUGAAACUUUAUAUUAUACAGAAUUGUCAGAAAAUAACUGUAUAUUACAGCAUUGGUUGUGGUGUAUUUAAAUUAUUUCUUAGCAUAUUUUUGUUACUUAGUUGCCAUAGAUAGAACUGGUGGAGAAAUUAUAGAAUUACCAACUUUAAAAAACCUAGCAAUGCCAAGAUACUGAAGUGCAAAUUGAUCUUCCCUUAAUAAAAAUAAGGUUGUGCAAUAUUUGAUAUUUCUGACAAAUGUUAUUAGAAUGAUGUCAGUAUGUAUUUCAAUCAAUUUCUGGGAAGUAAUGUUUUUUAAGCAAACUUAUUCUUUCUAAUAAGAUUUGUGUCAAUUCACCAAAAUACUGGGUUGAAGAAUUAUGGUUGUUUGCUAAAUAUUGAUCUGCAUUCCAAGGGUCUUUUUAUUUUUCAAUGCCGAGGUUUAUUUUGUAUAUCUACAGCAACAAUUUUUGAAGAUAUAGCUGCUGCUUACUUAACUGAUAUUCUUUGUGAUAUUAAAGAAACCACUAUGUCAGUACAUUUUAGUUUGUCAUAUUACAAUUUUCUUAUAAAUUAUCUCUGCUGUCUUAUUUAUUAAUACUUUUGGAAGUUUUUAAUUCAUUUGCAUUGGUGCCAUUUGAAAUUACAAAUCUAUUAAUUUCAGAGAAAUAUCAUUAUGGUGGUGGGUACAUUAUCAUGAAAACUAUAAUAAAAAUACUCAUUUUAGUUUCACA